CCUGAUCAGCCAACAAAACGACGUCGUGACAAGAAUGAUGAUGCAGGUGACAUUGAUGGCUUUAAAGGACCCUGGGCCAAGUACGAAAAUGAACAGACAGUCAUGAAGCCCUCAGAGGAGGAGCAGCAUGCACUAGAUGAGAUUUUGGCCAAAAGACAAAAACGUGGGAAACAGACAGAUGAUAAACCCAUUGAAGAGAAGUCUCUUCUCCAUAUUAAGGAUGCUUAUGAUUACCAGGGACGAUCUUUCCUUCAUGUCCCACAAGAUGUUGGUGUUAACUUGAGAUCUCCAGACCCUCCAGAGAAGUGUUUCAUGCCAAAGAAGUUGAUACACACAUGGAAGGGGCAUAACAAAGGUGUUUCAGCAAUCAAAUGGUUCCCAGGAUCAGGUCACCUCAUGUUGUCAUGUUCUAUGGACACAAAGAUUAAAAUCUGGGAGGUGUAUAAUAACCGACGGUGCAUUAGGACUUAUAUGGGGCACAAACAGGCAGUCAGAGAUGCCUGCUUCGAUAAUGAUGGAAAACAGUUCCUUUCAGCUGGUUAUGAUCGUUUCAUUAAGCUUUGGGACACUGAAACAGGAGAUUGCGUAUCAAGGUUCACCAGUCGCAAGAUACCCUAUUGUGUUAAAUUCCAUCCUGAUGAAGAAAAGCAGAAUUUAUUCGUUGCAGGAACUUCAGAUAAGAAAAUUGUAUGCUGGGAUAUUAGAACUGGUGAAGUAGUUCAAGAAUAUGAUCGUCAUUUAGGAGCUGUUAACACGAUAACAUUUAUUGAUGAAAACAGAAGAUUUGUCUCCACAUCAGAUGACAAGAGUUUGCGUGUGUGGGAGUGGGAUAUCCCUGUUGAUUUUAAGUACAUAGCAGAUCCCACUAUGCAUUCCAUGCCUGCUGUGACACUCUCACCAAAUAAGAAGUGGUUAGCAUGUCAAAGCAUGGAUAAUAAGAUUGUGAUAUUCUCUGCUCUGGAUAGAUUCAAGAUGAACCGUAAAAAGACUUUCACAGGGCACAUGGUAGCUGGAUAUGCCUGCACCCUUGACUUUUCUCCAGACAUGUCUUAUCUUGUAUCAGGCGAUGCUGAUGGGAAAGCCUAUGUUUGGGACUGGAAAACAACGAAGCUUUACCAGAAAUGGAAGGCCCAUGAUGAUGUUUGCAUUGGCAUCUUGUGGCACCCACAUGAGACAAGUAAACUUGCAACAGCUGGCUGGGAUGGCCUUAUUAAGUAUUGGGACUGAGCUUCUGUGCAGGUUAUUUAUGGAGGUUAAGACAUUUCUUUAUGUUCUAUUAAUGCAGUUACAUACCUUUUGAUAUCAAGAUCUUUGCCAUAAAUAAAGUCAGCAGGUUUUCCGGUCUGCACAGAUUGUCUUGAAGGAGUAUCAGAAAAUGCCAUUGGUGUCAUUAAAGCUAUAAGAAAGGAAUAUUAGCAAUUUCAGAUAUUUUUAUAAUGAAUCUAGUAGAUUUUGCUAACUUGAGUAUACCUAGGACAUCAAUUUAAACUGAGGUCGUCAGCAAUAUGACCUUUUAAAUGUUUUUAUAUUUAAAAAAGAAAUUUAUGUACAUACCUUCUGCAUCAUGUGCAGAAUAUGAUUUAGCAAAUAAAUAUAUACAUUUUU